AUGGCGGAUUCGAGAAUUUCUUCUGUCGCGGAGAAUCAUACUGAGCGGAGGAAAAAGGCUCGUUCAAAAAGCCAGAUCAGGCAAGAUGUGUCCCCGAAUAGGCGGAAGACUCAGAUCAGGUUAGCACAGCGUGCAUAUCGCUCACGAAAGGAGGCCGAGCUACAAGCACUGAGGGCUCGUGUUCGUGAACUGGAUAUGCUCAUGGAGCGAAUGAACGAGACAUUUCUAUCCUUCACUGACAAUCUGAUCGAAUCCGGCAUCUUGUUAACAUACCCAGGUGUUGCGCGGAAACUCCACCAAACUAUAGCGCAAUCUCUAUCCCUUACAAAUCGGGCAGUUUCAGUGGCAGAAGAUGUCGCUGAACCCCCCAAUGCUGAGACAACUGCGCCAGAAGCAAAAGCGAACGCGGGUGUUGUUGAUGUGACGCAGCAGGAUGUAGCCAACACUAACGACACCUUUGAUGUCACUAAUAUCCCUCUUCCUGACAUCCUAGAGUUUACUGUACGGGCUCAGCGACAGGCUAGCAGCCAAUACCCGGCCCAGACAACUCAACAAUCUAACCUUGCAGUAUCGGAAAUACCAACAGAAGCAACACCCCUUUAUUCAACACCGUUAUUCUGGAAUACCCCAUCUUCCAGCACAUAUAGCCUGGAAGGAACAAGUUUCGCUCACCGACUCUAUCGAGCUUGUGUCGAACAAGGACAUCAGUGUCUAACGAAUCCCCCUUAUCAGCUUGAGGAACUCACAUACAAAUUCAGGCUUCCUCUGAAAGUCUUUACGCUACACAAUAUCAGAGCGCAUUUCGAGGAAUCUCUAAGUGGUGGACGUCAAGGAACCCUUAUGGAGCUGAAUAUCCCUUUUUUUAGUAUUGGUGGCGCAGGAACGCAUUUUAAACACAACCAGAGGAGCUAUGACGCCGACAAUGGUUCGUUCCAGCCGAGCAUAAUACAGGUUGCGACAGAACGAGUCGACGCUGACAUGCUGGGUGACUGGUUUGAUUGUUAUGAUGUGGAGGGAUAUCUGGAAAGAUGUAGGAUCGUCCCCGUUCAGACCCUUGCCCAGGCAAAGAUGACGGUUCCUGCGGCUCUUCCGGGCUUGGAACGCGAGCAACGUGUCUCUGGUCCGAGCACUUCCCUACAGAUUGGGAACCAAAAGAUCAUCGAUGAAACGAUAUUAAUCGAAUUGCUAAGAAUCUCUUGCGUGUGCCUCGGCAGAGCCCCAGGGUUUCCUCGCGCUGCGGUCGAAUCCUUCACAAUGGAGUAUGCAACGUAUUACUCAAGUUAA